UUUGCCGGUACUUUGUUUACAUCGCCGACUAGGUUACAGCUGAUCAGGAUUCGGACAAAAAUUUUCUCAUAUUUUUGUGUGUACCUUUGUGAUUUUCGGAACUGAGUUCUCUCUAUUUUUGACAUUGUAUAUUUCAUGUGUUAUUUCAAACCUUUAAACUAAGACAAUGUUUGGAAAUAAAAGACUAGCGAAGAGAUCUAUCGUUGGGACUCGAGUAAGUGCUCUACGACCGCAAGAUGGCCGUUACUACCCUGGAAUCAUAGAGUCACAGGUUUCAGAGGAUACAAUAACAACAAGCGCUGUUUAUGUUGUUCGCUUCGAUGACGGUUCCGUCCUAAAUAUUAAAUCAAGGUCCAUCGUUGGACAUGGGUUUCAACCAGUUUCUUCGGCCAACCUUAAACAAGGUCAAAAAGUUUUUCUAACUUUGAAUGGCCGCGAAGUGUCAGGCACAGUCUUACGUCAUGACCGAGAUAUUGACGAGGUUUGUGUAAGUGUUAAAACUCCCAGCGGGGAGGAUUUUGAAACUACUCGUAGAGUUGAAGACGUUCGUUUACUCGAGAGCAGAAAAUCUGCAAGGCUUGUGGACCAGCCGGACACUGACUACUCUAAACUAGCUGACCUCCAGCUCAAUAACGUGACGUCAGAAGUUCACAUUCACAAAAGGAGGGUCCCUUCCCACGUCAUAGAUGUCCCAUCUGCACCUUACGACAAAAACGAAAGGAAUCGAAGACAGCGCCAUUUUUCUGAGGACCCGCCAGAGGCGGAGCCUGGAGGGGGGUUCGAUGACGUCGACAUGAUGGACGAGAAGAUCGCGGCCAUGGUGCUGACGUCACUGUCGGUCAGCCCCAAGUCGCCGGUGGCUGGACAGGUGUACCCCCACAUCCACGGCAAAGAUUUCUUGGAAACUCAGAAUGCUUUUCCGGACAGCCAUCUAUCCAGCAGUGUCGCCAGUAGCGGGUUCUACAGCGGUCACUCCGAGAGGGAUGACCACUCCCCUCCCCUGCCACCCCUCAGCGAGAGCGCCCCGGCUAUGAUGAGCUACAAACCCCCCACCCCUGCUUCUGACGAUGACAGUUCUAAUAGCUCUGGCAGGCUUCUUAUAUGCGAGGAAGAUGAAGGUACUAUUUACAAAUGUACAUGGAGAGGCUGUCAUAUGACAAAGACAACCAGAAAUGGCAUAGAAAGACACAUCAGAAGAGCCCAUUAUGACCGAGACAGUGACCUAGAACUAACAGACAAUGAAGAGGACUUCCACUACACCGAGGUGACUGUAUCAAUCCAGCAAAUCAACACCAUGACAAAAUCCUUUGCGGCCAUGAACACACAGUCGUCUCCCCCUGUGGACAGCCAUACAGACAGACGGAGGCACGUCAGUGAAGACAGGCCUUCAGACAGGAGGAGACACAUCAGUGAAGACAGCGGCAGUCACAGCUGUGGGGCAGUUGAGAAGGUCAUAGUUGAAGGUCAGGUGAGCCAGAACUGUGAGGCUGAGAGCUCAGGAGGACGGGGUGUCAUGGACCAUGACUAUCAAAGAAAGGUGUGUAAGUACACCCAUGCCAGCUCUGUGCCAUCCAGUAGCAGUCUGGUCAUCAAUCUAGAGCAGACUAAAAGUAUACCCAUCGCUAUCUCAGAGGGACAGAUCCAGAAGUCUCUCUCCUGGCAUAUUAAUUCUUCUUCUCCAAGUGGCUCUUUGGUCUCACCCUCUCAAAGACAAAACAAGCUGACGCCACAAGAAAGACUUUACCAGCACCAAGCCCAGUCUCCGAAAUCGAAUGUCGCCCCAGCCACCUUUAAAGUAACUCAACAUCGCCGACCCCGUAGCGAGGUCAGAAAGUGCCGGAAGGUUUACGGCAUGGAGCACAGAGACCAGUGGUGCACCCAGUGCAAGUGGAAGAAAGCUUGUACAAGGUUCAUUGAUUAAUCAUGGAUUUAUACUACAUAAGAACAGACAUACACAGUGUUAGAACCACUGAGGAUUGACGCCCUGACGCAUUGUCAAAGUAACUCAUAAUCUAAGGUUGGCAAAAAUUAUAGAAUUGCCUCUAAAUAGGUAACAUGGUCAGAGUUCUACAGUGAAAAA